GGAGGAGGAGGAGCAGGAGGAGGAAGCGGGAGGACAGGCGGAGGACAGCAGGAGGAACAUGGACAUCUCUCUGCUCAGAGAACAGUACAGGUGCACCAGAGACCGACAGAAGAGACACACUCAGGUGCUUCUGUUCAGGACAGUCUCGGAGGAACUGUCGGAGGCCGUCAGCAUCAUCCCCGUCACUCAGGGUUUGACGUCGCCAUGGGAACCAAGUGGCAGCACGCCACCAGCUAUAAGCUUUGACUCCGACCCGAUGACCUAUGACCCCUGGCACAUCCACCUGGGCCUCCACCGGCGCUGUUGUCUUGGUGUUACCGCGCAGCUCACAGCUUCGUCCCCGGAAACAACAAACACCAACGGUUCCUCCCGACGUUCUUCGACCUCCUCUGAGGCUGACGACUCAACAUUUGAUUCACCCGGCAGCUCCUUCAACUGCCCCACAGACCACUCCAACACUGACAGGUCCAGAGAAGACCCAGAUACUGGAUCCUUGGAGGAGGUGGGUCCAGUCCAGGUUCCUGUCUGUGGUCCACUCCACCCUACAGAGCAAACCCCCAGCGAUGGAUCCCAAGAGGAUCAUCCUGACGGCUCCUUCACUGAUUCUCAGGAGUGUACAGGCGCCAGCUCUGAUGAAAGCUCCACCCCUGUCGCCUCCGUCACCUGCUCGCCCAGCAGCUCCAUCACCAGUCUACAUGUGGACCUGAAGGAAAACCAGUCUGCAGGUAGAAAAACCAGUUAUGCUGUCCUGCAGGACAGCAGCACCUUGGUGUGGAGGGGCUCCAGGAAGUUCUCGUCCCCGGCCCUCAGGUUCACCAGGCAGCUGACCUUGGGAGGGGUGGGCUCUUCACUGGGGGUCCACCAGAACCAGAACUACCACCCGUUCCCCAACAGGAAGGCCCCACGGAUCUCAGAGGCCGCCCGGAGGCUGGGAAUGUACUCGUCCUUCUGAGUCCACGUUUAUGGGACUGUUGUGACUCUCCAAUAUGAGAUGAUCAAGAAAUUCUGAAAUAAUUAAAGAGAUGAUUAAACGCUUUAUUAUGAACUGAUUGUUAGUUUGUAGUUUCAGUUUUAGAGGAUUCAUUUUUAUUUCCUUCAUUUCAAUUGCUUUAAAAAAUAAAAGCAUGCACGAUCUUCUCAAAGGAAAGCUUUUAUUUUGGAGGCUUGUCACCGUGUUUGAUUAAACAGAUGACGUGUAAUAUUUGAGGUAAUCAGUCUUCAGGUCUGAUCUCAUUGGUUUCAGAUUUAUGUACUGUCUCGUCUGUCUUAUUCUGGUUCUGUGCGGGUGUUGUUUGGGUUCCUUCCUGUUCCUCACCAAACUCGGUGAAAUAAAAAGAGUCUUCAGACCUGCAGCAGAGAAA